CGAUCCUCACGUCACUCUCGAGUCUCGAUCACAAAUGCUCACCAACGACAAAAGGUAAAACACAUAUGUACGUAUGUAUAACGCUUGACAACGUUAAAAAAUUAAUACAGAAACAACAACAAAAGCAACUCCCACCGAGAACCUCUGCAGGCUGGAAAGCCCCAUAGAAACCAGUUCUAACUCCUCCUCUCAUGUAACGCCAACUCUAAACCCUAAACUCUCUCUAAACUCGGUCUCUCUUUCUGGAAAUGGCUGAAGCCGUUUUCUGCAAGCCCAGUACCAUCUUCACGUCGAAACCAUCUCCCUUAUGCACCUUUCCGCUCCUCCUUGUCCUCUGCAUUCUCGGCUUCUAUACUCUACUUUACCCAAGCACUACACCAUCGUCAUCAAAAUCCCAAAAUGCUCUCCGCUUCAGCCAGGUUUUUCUCUCCUCUGCCAACAACACCACCCUCGCCUCCUACCUCCGAGCCCUCACCCAGCACCCUCACCUCGCCGGAACCAAAGCUUCCUUCGACACCACCCAUUACGUCCUCUCCCACUUCAAGGGCCUCGGACUCGAAACUCGCACCGCUCAAUACCGGGCCCUCCUCUCCUAUCCUGCGCACUCCUCCCUUUCCGCGCAUUUUAUCAACGGCACUGUCCUUCGCCUGCCCUUGACGGAGUUCACCCUGGAGACACCGGACGUUGUACCACCCUACCAUGCGUACUCCCCGUCCGGGUCGGUGUACGCUAAGGUAGUGUUCGUUAAUCACGGUACGGACGAAGACUAUCGUGCGCUGGGGUUGGGGGUGAACGCUAGCGGGUGUGUGGUGAUUGCGAGGAAGGGUGAUUUGCCCAGAGGGAUUGUGGUCCAAAAGGCUGAGGCGCAUGGGGCGGUGGCUAUGCUACUGUACGCCGAGGGGGACAAGUUUAAGAAGGGUUUUGAGAGAGGGACCGUGAUGAGGGGCGUGGGGGACCCACUGAGCCCCGGGUGGGCAGGGGUUGAUGGUGGCGAGAGCUUGGACAUGGAGGAGGCUGAGGUUUUGAGAAGAUUUCCUAAAAUUCCGUCCAUGCCUUUGUCCGCCGAGGCCGCCGGAGUCAUCUUAGGCUCUCUUGGGGGCGCGCCGUUUCCUCCGGAGUGGCGCAUCGGGGUCGGGCAUGUCGGCCCAGGCCCCACAAUUUUGAACUUCAGUUAUCAGGGGGAGGAAAGGGUAGUCAGUAUCCACAAUGUUUUUGCUGUUAUAAGGGGGCUGGAAGAGCCUGACCGCUAUGUGCUGCUUGGCAAUCAUAGAGAUGCUUGGACAUAUGGUGCUGUCGACCCCAACAGCGGAACUGCAGCCCUGCUAGACAUUGCUCGUCGAUAUGCUCUUAUGAUGGGUUUGGGUUGGCAGCCUCGAAGGACAAUAAUUCUCUGCAGUUGGGAUGCAGAAGAGUUUGGGAUGAUAGGAUCCACUGAGUGGGUUGAAGAAAACCUCCUAAAUCUUGGCUCCAAAGCUGUUGCCUACCUCAAUGUUGAUUGUGCUGUUCAAGGUCCAGGCUUCUUUGUUGGAGCAACUCCCCAGCUAGACAAUCUCAUUCGUGAGGUCACAAAGAAGGUCAAGGAUCCUGAUUCAGGGGGUGCAACGGUGUAUGAGAGGUGGGGCGCCACAAAUAUGGGCACAACUAUACAAAGGCUUAGUGGAGUUGAUUCUGAUUUUGCUCCAUUCCUGCAACAUGCGGGGGUUCCAUCUGUUGACAUAUACUAUGGCAGAGAUUUUCCUGUAUACCACACUGCUUUUGACACCUAUAACUGGAUGACAAAGUACGGAGAUCCAACGUUUCAGCGGCAUGUGGCUGUUGCAGGAAUUUGGGGAAUUGUAGCCCUUCACCUGGCUGAUGAUUCAAUUCUACCAUUCAAUUACCUCUCUUAUGCUGAACAGUUGCAGGGGUAUACAGAUGUCUUGCGCAACCUGUCGGAUAGUAGUGUAUCUAUUCAUCCUUUGGUAGCAUCAAUUGAAGAACUUAGCUUUGCAGCUAAAGCAGCUCAGGAUGAGGCAAAGAUACUGAGAGAGCAAGAAUCUAGUGAUGAUUCUGUAGCGUUGCAAAAGCGAGCAUUGAAUGAUCGGCUGAUGCUUGCUGAAAGAGGGUUCUUGGAUGCAGAUGGGCUUCAAGGAAGGCAGUGGUUUAAGCAUCUUAUUUACGGGCCUCCCAGUGACUAUGAAAGCAAGCUGGUUUUCUUCCCUGGAGUAGCAGAUGCCAUUUCUGGAUCUGCAAGAAUGAGUAGAAAAGAAAGGCAAGCAGCAAUUCAGCAUGAGAUUUGGAGGGCUGCCAGAGCAAUACAAAGAGCUACCAGAGUCAUUAAAGGGGAACUAACCUGAAAGAAAAAAAAAAAAAAAAAAAAAGUGAUAGGAAAACUACCACACAUGGAGAAGAACGGGAUAGCAAAAUGUCUUGACUUGUAUUUUAUAUGAGUGGGAAUCUCUUUUUUGCCGGUUUAUCCUUUAUGUGUGUAGUCUUAUCAGUUGCAAUUAAAGAAUGUGAAAAUGGACAAUUGUUUUAUGCCCUAUUGUAUAUAAUAAUUGUACGGAUUUAUUAUAUGGUUAAA